AGGCCAAAUGGAUCCCCUCCUCCUCAGCCACUAGUGUCAUUGGCCGCGACGCGAUCCGUGCCAUGGCUUCGCAUCGACGAUCCUAUAUAUGCAUGUCAAGCUUCGGGUCACGAAGAACCCGAUUUAGGUGCUGUACGGAAGCGACUACCGUCAGAAAGUACUGAUAGACGCUCGAGGACCACCUUGAACCCUUGCACCAACACGCUCACGGCCGUUCAUAAAACAUGACACCGCUGUCGGCGCCCCAGCAAACCGACAUGAAACGAAAACACCGCGCAAAAGCAAAAGAAGUUCCCCCUACUAUCCCACUGCCCACAUUCCACGCUACCCCAAGUCCCUCCGACUCGCCUGUCCACGAUGUCACAGUUCUCCCACUACCAACCAUGGAGGAGAGGAGCGGACUUACGUGGGUUGUCGACACCCGACCACGACGGCAACUAGAGAGCCUUUGCUACAUCCGCCUACGUGUUGGUACUCUAAGCACCGGAGUGGGGCGUUUGGGGCAAGUCGUAAUGCUCAGGCGCCACUGGGUGACAUUCGCAGUCUCAGACGCGCCCGCAUACUGCACGCUCCGGGUGCCCAUCCCAUGGGCGAAACUCAACGACCUAGCAAGCGUCGCCCACACAUCCCACUUCUUCGACCUACCCAAGCUUCCGCGUCCCCACCCAAGCUUCCGUGACAUCCCCCACUUCGAAAACGACGAGGAAAACCCCUACGAAUUCGAGAUAUGGGAUGACGAGAUCCCGGACAUCGAGAGCCGAUUGGAGCGCAUCAAGAACGCUCCCAGGUCCCUGCGCAACAGGCACCCGAGCUGUCAUCGGUCCACCGAACGCGCACCAGAAGGCGAGAGCAACGAUACGAGGACGUCGGGCAUGUAAUCACAUGACC